GUGUAGUCGCACAGCACAUGUGGCUGAGGUUUGAUCGUGCUGCUCGCUAAAGUACUGGGGAAGAAGACACACAAGACUUCGGCGUCGCCUCAAUUCUGUAAACGCAUAGCGCAACAUGAAGCCAGGGUUCAGUCCCCGAGGUGGUGGGAGCAGAGGAGGAUUCGGUGACCGAGGAGGACGGGGAGGAUUCGGAGGACGAGGAGGAUUCGGAGGACGAGGAGGAUUCGGUGACCGCGGAGGACGAGGAGGAUUCGGUGACCGAGGAGGCCGUGGAGGAUUCAGAGGAAGAGGUGGAUUCAGAUCUCCAGAGGGCGGAGGAUUCAGGGGCCGGGGAGGAGGCAGAGGUACCCCAAGAGGAAGGGGUGGCCGAGGAGGUUUUGGAGCAGGAAAGAGAGUCUUGGUGGAACCACACAGACAUGAAGGAGUGUUCAUCUGCAGGGGGAAGGAGGAUGCUCUGGUGACCAAGAACAUGGUUGUUGGAGAAUCUGUAUAUGGAGAGAAGAGGAUGAGUGUGGAGGAGGGAGAGACCAAGAUUGAAUACAGAGCAUGGAAUCCAUUCCGUUCUAAGCUGGCAGCAGCAAUCUUGGGAGGAGUUGACCAGAUCCAUAUCAAACCUGGAGCGAAGGUCAUGUACCUGGGGGCUGCCUCUGGUACAACAGUGUCUCAUGUCUCUGACAUUGUUGGCCCGGAAGGGCUGGUGUAUGCUGUAGAGUUUUCUCACAGAUCAGGUCGUGAUCUUCUUAAUGUGGCAAAGAAACGGACCAACAUCAUUCCGAUCAUUGAAGAUGCUCGUCACCCACACAAAUACAGAAUGUUGGUGGGCAUGGUGGAUGUAAUUUUCGCUGAUGUAGCCCAGCCGGACCAGACUAGGAUUGUUGCUUUGAAUGCUCACAACUUUCUGAAGAAUGGAGGACACUUUGUUAUCUCCAUUAAGGCUAACUGUAUAGACUCAACAGCUGCCCCAGAGGCUGUGUUUGCCUCAGAAGUGAAGAAGAUGACUUCAGAGAAUAUGAAACCACAGGAACAGCUCACACUGGAGCCCUAUGAAAGAGACCAUGCUGUGGUGGUGGGCAUCUACAGACCUCCACCAAAACAGAAGAAAUGAGAUGUUGACGGAACCCAGGGGCAACUGUACCAUGUUCAACCACCAUCUGCUUAUUUACACUUCUCUGUUUUGGCUGCUUUUGUGACUGCACAACCACUCGACUUUCUUUCAAGACACACACGAGUUGAUGAGUUUGUGUGAGCAGUACAUAUAUAUAUUUUUUUUAAGUAUCUCUUGUACCUUUUAUGAACAUAAUUCUCCAUUUUGUUUUUUGUCCUUUGCUUCUGAGCCCCGAGAAUGUACUUAUGUUUGGUACAGUACAUGAUUAUAUUACCAAGUUUAAAAAGGACUUAACUGUGUAGAUGCAGGCUUAAGUGUUGACGCCCUUUCAAGUUUUUAUAACUUAAACCUGAUCAUUAGGGUGGUGCAGCCAUAACUAUCCCUGUGAAGAGAGUUAAUUUUAAGAAAAUAAUUUUCAUCGCAAGUCUCAUCAAUUGUCAUUUGGGGGGGGGGGG